GAGGCUCCAGACCGGAGGCGACGGGGCGGUAACAGCGGCGAGUGGGUCCUUGUGGCCUAGAAAAAUCCUGCAAAAAUGUCUCUGUAUCCAUCUCUUGAAGACCUGAAAGUAGACAAAGUUAUUCAGGCUCAAACUGCCUUUUCUGCAAACCCUGGCAACCCAGCAAUUUUGUCUGAAGCUUCUGCUCCCAUCUCUCAAGAUGGAAAUCUCUAUCCUAAAUUGUAUCCGGAGCUCUCCCAGUACAUGGGCCUGAGUUUAAAUGAAGAAGAAAUCCGUGCAAAUAUGGCCGUGGUCUCUGGAGCACCAGUUCAGGGGCAGUUGGUGGCAAGACCUUCUAGUAUGAACUAUAUGGUGGCUCCUGUAACUGGUAAUGAUGUUGGAAUUCAUAGAGCAGAAAUUAAGCAAGGGAUUCGUGAAGUCAUUUUGUGUAAGGAUCAAGAUGGAAAAAUUGGGCUCAGGCUUAAAUCAAUAGAUAAUGGCAUAUUUGUUCAGCUGGUCCAGGCAAAUUCUCCAGCCUCAUUGGUUGGUCUGAGAUUUGGGGACCAAGUACUCCAGAUCAAUGGGGAAAACUGUGCAGGCUGGAGCUCUGAUAAAGCACACAAGGUACUCAAACAGGCUUUUGGAGAGAAGAUUACUAUGACUGUUCGUGACAGGCCCUUUGAAAGGACAGUUACCAUGCAUAAGGAUAGUACUGGACAUGUUGGCUUUAUCUUUAAAAAUGGAAAGAUAACAUCCAUAGUGAAAGAUAGUUCUGCAGCCAGAAAUGGUCUUCUCACAGAACAUAACAUCUGUGAAGUCAAUGGGCAGAAUGUCAUUGGGCUGAAGGAUUCUCAAAUUGCAGACAUACUGUCAACAUCUGAGACUGUAGUUGCUAUUACAAUCAUGCCUGCUUUUAUCUUUGAACAUAUUAUUAAACGGAUGGCACCAAGCAUUAUGAAAAGCCUGAUGGAUCAUACCAUUCCUGAAGUUUAAAAGUCUUGGCACAACGGAAACUUCACUGAACUCCAGUUUACUUCUUGGGCAACUUAACUUUAUAUUAUGCACAUGAAGCUUUCUAGGAGCCAGAGAGCAUAUGCUGCAUGAAGACCUUUCUAUCUUACAUUAUGGCUGGGAAUCUUACUGUUCUGAUUGGAUAUCUUGUUCACACUUCAAGAUCAUUGUAGCCUUAUCCUGGUUUUACUGAUGUGAAACUUUGGACAGAUUU